AUGGCCUCAGUCUGCAUGCCUCUGUCGCCGUCAGACUUGGAGAUUGACUGUGAUCUACUCUUGGUUUCCAAAGCCUACCAUCUUGGCCAGGAGGAGACGGACUGGUUUGAGAAGCCCAGGGACCUGCGCUCUAGCUCCCGCCACUAUGGCAGUGGUGGCCACUCCUCGUCCGGCCGUAGCCGCCACGUCAAGCACACCUACCAGGACUAUGACGAGCCCCCAGAGGAGGACCUGUGGCCCCAGGACGAGUACGGCCACACCCGCCAAUCUUCCUCUUCGCGGGACCAUCGCCACCACGGCAGCAGCAGCUCCGGGAGACACUCCGCCUCGUCCCGCCAUUCGGACGAACCGCGCUCCUCGCGCUCCUCCAAGGGCCACCCCAAAGAUCCGUCCAUGCGCCAUGACUCCCGCCAGAUGUCCUCGUCAGGAAAGAGGGGUGACUCCCGCUCCCAGGGGGGGUAUCACUCAUCGGACUACUCCAGGGACCCGUCGGGCCACCACCACAGCCAGGGCCGCUCCUCCAAGUCCUCAUCCUCCCAUGAUGGGCGGACUUCCUCCAGGAAGCAGCAAGACCUCCAGGGUCACCCUCCCUCCUCCUCCAGGGGCCAGGGCAGCUCUGGCCGUGGGCAGGGAUCCGCCGGUGGGCCCCCAGGCUCCAGGGGACAGGGUCAUACCUCCCAGCAGGAUGGGCUGCAUCAAGGCCAGCGCACCCAGCUGCAGCAGCAGCCCCAGACCUUGGCGGCACGACAGACAGGCACCACCCCUGGGGGCACCACCCCUGGCGGCACCACCCCUGGGGGCCAGCAGCCUCUGGGCCUGGCCCAAGCCCAACAGGGUCUACAGGCCAAGCCUGGUCAGCUUGGUCCUGGUCAGCCCGGUCGCCAGCCACAGGCAGGAGGCCCAUUGGGGCAACUGCCACCAACUGCGGUGGGUACAGGAUUAUGACAUAGUACAGUACAAGUGUGGUGACACUGGAUUGAAAGUGUCAUGAUUAUUCAAAUCUACCAUCCAGUUUAUGAAUUAUAAUGAGAAUCACUGUAAAUGUAUGUAGAUUAUUAUUUCACAUGUUGAGACAGCUUUAGAGGUCUUUGGUGGCAUCUCUCCCUCUCAUCUCUUUCUUGCCUCUUUUUCAUCUGUCUCCCUCUCUCUCUCAUACUCUCUCUCCAUCUCCCCCUCCACCUCCUCUCUCUCUCUGUCUCUCUGAUAAAGCCUAGCACAUCAUUCUGAGAAGAGGUUUUAUUUAAAUGUGUGUGAAACCCUGUUGGCAGACCUUAUCUGGUCUUGUGAUUAGCACUGUGGCUGUAGAUAGUGGCAGUGUAACAGCCUCUGUCUAUUCCACUCAGAUGGAGGAGAGAGAUUCAACCCCAAAAAUGUCUUCCACUGUAAAUCAUUCCCAAUCCUCCCAUUCCUGUUUGUUUUGUUAUGUCUCUGAAUAUGUCACCAUGGUUAUAAUAUACAGAACUAUACAGCAUGCUAAAGUUUUUCAGCUAUUUGUUAUGUUUUCCAUAUAAUCCUGUACUCUAGGCCAUAGAAAGCCUAUAUUAUAGGAAUUAUAGGACCUCUAUGCUAUAGCCUAUACUGAUGACGUAAAAUGAAAUAUUCCGUAUUAUGUAUGAUCCUCAUUAUUAUGUGCAGACUGAGAUAUGGUUCUGAAAGAUUGUUCUAAGCUCCAAAUGGAAAUGCAGUUGUUAGGCAAUCAUACAAAUCCAAUCACAUUCAUCCUGUGCCACAUUAAUUUGAACUGUAAUGGCGCCUGUUCUCUCUGAAAGGCCCAAUGAGUGAUUAAAAUUAAUUUAUAAAAAAGGCUAAUUGAAAAUUGAAAUUAAUGGAAUGCAUUGCAUCCGUUCGCUGGGUAAAGUGAAUGCAAAACAAAUAAUGUGUGAUUAUUUGGCAAACGUCCACAUUGCUAAGCGAAUGAUGUUAUAUCUGUUCCAAUAAAUCUAGAUGCAUGCUUAGAUGCACGGCUAGUUGGUUUGCAGGGAGGAAGCGUGAAACUGGUUUCAGCUCAAUGAUCUCUGGCAUUGCUAAUGCUCAUCAUUCUGCAUCAAGUUUUGGCAUGGUAUUUUACAGUAGGGGUCAACAUGAUAAGAGGCUCAUCUUUCAGUGCAUCAGAACAAAAUUAUUGAUGUACAGUCAGUUUGCCACCUUAAACUGAGUUCCUCAUCUCUUUGUCUCUUUCUCGCUCUUCCAGCAGGCACCUGUCGCAAACACACCCCCUGUGACUGCCAUAGGGGCCAAAGCUGUCAUAGGAGGAGCAGCCCAACCUGCAAAAACACCUCAACCCCCACUCACAGGAAUAGGUAAACAUCCCUGUCUGCACCCAAACUGCUGCUGCUCCACCCACUGAACAUUUCACUGAGAGUGAUUAGUACACUUGUACACUCCUACACUCUAAAACAUUCUGGGUUGUUUGGAUGACCCAACUGCUGGGUUGAAGGCAUUGGGUCACUUAGUUGGAAAGCAAGGUUUGAAAUUAUUAUCUUUAAGUCAAACAUUGUAUCUAUUCAGGCUUAUUGCGGUUAAUUUGCAGCCUACAAAUUAUUUGUAAUUAUGUUCCGGCCCCCCAACCAUCCGCUCAAGAAGAAAUCGGCCCGCGGCUGAAUCUAGUUGAUGAUCCCUGCUCUAAGAACUUUGUACACCUGGGCCAAUUGUGCGCCGCCCUAUGGGACUCCCGAUCACGGCCAGUUGUGAUACAGCCCGGGAUCCAAACCCGGGUCUGUAGUGAUGCCUCUAGCACUGCGAUGCAGUGCCUUAGACCACUGCGCCACUCGGGAGGCCCCAGUUUCAAGUCUUGCCAUAGAUUGUCAAGCCGAUUUAAGUCAAAACUGUAACUAGGCCACUCAGAAGCAUUCAAUGUUGUCUUGGUAAGCAACUCCAGUGUAUAUUUUGUCUUGUGUUUUAGGUUAUUAUCCUGCUGAAAGAUGAAUUUGUCUCCCAGUGUCUGUUGGAAAGCAGACUGAACCAGGUUUUCCUCUAGGAUUUUUGCUGUGCUUAGCUCUUUUCUAUUUAUUUUUAUCAACAACAAAAAACUCCCUAGUCCUUGCCGAUAACAAGCAUACCCAUAACAUGAUGCAGCCACCACCAUGCUUGAAAAUAACCCCAAACAUAACACUUUGUAUUCAGGAUAUAAAGUUAAUUUCUUUGCCACAUUUUUUGCAGUUUUACUUUAGUGCUUUAUUGCAAACAGGAGGCAUAUUUUGGAAUAUUUGUAUUAUGUACAGGCUUCCUUCUUUUCACUCUGUCAUUUAGGUUAGCCAAUAAACUCUGUUACUGUUUUAAAGUCACCAUUGGCCUCAUGCUCACCAGGGUCUUGACCUGACUGCAGUUCGGCGUCGUAAACCGACUUCAGUGGGCAAAUGCUCACCUGAGUGGUUUCCUUCCUCUCCGGCAACUGAGUUAGAAAGGACAGCUGUAUCCUUGUAGUGACUGGGUGUAUUGAUAUACCAUCCAAAGUGUAAUUAAGAAAUUCACCAUGCUCAAAGGGAUAUUCAAUGUCUAUUUUUAUUUUUUAUUUUUUUUGUCAUCUACCAAUAGGUGCCCUUCUUUGCGAGGCAUUGGAAAACCUCUCUGGUCUUUGUGGUUGACUUACAGAUAAUUGUAUGUGUGGGCAACAGAGAUGAGGUACUGAGGUAGUCAUUCAAAUAUCAUGUUGAACACUAUUAAUUGCACACAGAGUGAGUCCAUGCAACUUAUUAUGAGACUUGUUAAGCAAAUGUUUACUCCUGAACUUAUUUAGGCUUGCCAUAACAAAGGGGUUGAAUACUUAUUGACUCAAGACAUUUCAGCUUUUAAUUUUGAACAAAAUAUAAACACAACAUGCAACAAUUUAAAAGAUUUUACUGAGUUACAGUUCAUAUAAGGACUUCACAUGACUGGGAAUAAAGAUAUGCAUCUGUUUUGAGGAAUUGUGUACAGAUCCUUGCAACAUGGGGCCAUGCAUUAUCACGCUGAAACAUGAGGUGAUGGCGGCGGAUGAAUGGCACGACAAUGGGCCUCAUGAUCUCGUCACGGUAUCUCUGUGCAUUCAAAUUGUCAUCGAUAAAAUGCAAUUGUGUUCGUUGUCUGUAGCUUAUGCCUGCCCACACCAUAACCCCACUGUCACCAUGGGGCACUCUGUUCACAACGUUGACAUCAGCAUCUGCCCGGUACAGUUGAAACCGGGAUUCAUCCGGGAAGAGCACACUUCUCCAGCAUGCCAGUGGCCAUCGAAGGUGAGCAUUUGCCCACUGUAGUCGGUUACGACGCCAAACUGCAGUCUGGUCAAGACCCUGGUGAGGACGACAAGGACGCAGAUGAGCUUCCCUGAGAUGGUUUCUGACAGUUUGUGCAGAAAUUCUUUGGUUGUGCAAACCCACAGUUUCAUCAGCUGUCCGGGUGGCUGGUCUCAGAAGAUCCUGCAGGUGAAGAAGCCGGAUGUGGAGGUCCUGGGCUGGCAUGGUUACACGUGGUCUGCAGUUGUGAGGCCGGUUGGACGUACUGCCAAAUUCUCUAAAAUGACGUUGGAGAGAAGUUAACAUUACAUUCUCUGGCAACAGCUUUGGUGGACAUUCCUGCAGUCAGCAUGCCAAUUGUAUGCUCCCUCAAAACUUGAGACAUCUGUGGCAUUGUGCUGUGUGACAAAACUGUACAUUUUAGAGUGGCCUUUUAUUGUCCGCAGCACAAGGUGCACCUGUGUAAUGAUCAUGCUGUUUAAUCAGCUUCUUGAUACGCCACACCUGUCAGGUGGAUGGAUUAUCUUUGGCGAAGGAUAAAUGGUCACUAACAGGGAUGUAAUCAUAUUUUUGCACAACAUUUGAGAGAAAUAAGCUUUCUGUGCGUAUGGAACAUUUCUGGGAUCUUUUAUUCCAGCUCAUGAAAUAUGUUGCAUUUAUAUUUUUGUUCAGUGUAAUUUGUAAAAAUGUGUAAAAACAUAAUUCCACUUUGACAUUAUGAGGUAUUGUGUGUAGGCCAGUGACACAAAAACUACAUGUAAUCCAUUUGAAAUUCAGGCUGUAACACAACAAAAUGUGGAUAAAGUCAAGGGAUGUGAAUACUUUCUGAAGGCACUGUAUGUGUAAGUAUGUGUGUGUGUGUGUGUGUUAGUGUGAGUGUGUGUGUGCAAGAGUGUCAGUGUAGGCGUUAUACGCGGAUAUACAUGUAAACAGGGCUGAAAAGUGACUGGUAGCAGGAAUAUAUAAAUACUUGUGGUAAUAUACUAAUGGUAAUGUAUACAUGUAAACAGGAGUAAUAGUGACCAGUAGUAGGAUACAUUGAUACUAAUGGUAAUGGAAAUCAAUCAUCAAUGAACAGCAGAGUAGUGGUAGUAAUAAAUCAAAUCAAUAAUCAUUUUAGCAGCAGCUUAGGUGUGAGGAGGAGAAGUAGUUGUAUGGCCAGGGGAUAGAAACUGUUAAGGAGUCUGUAGAUCUGAGCCUUGAUGCACCGGCACCGCCUGCUAGACGGGAGCAUGGAGAACAGUCCAUGUCUCGGGUGGCUGGAGUCUUUGGCAAUUGUUUGGGCCUUUUUCAGAUAUACUGGCAUGUACGUCCUGGAUGGUUGGGAGCUCACUGGGCCGCCCCACCACCCAUUGUAGGGCCUUCAGGUCGAGGGUGGUGCAGUUGCCAUACCAUACCGUGAUACAACCAGUCAGCAUGCUCUUGUUGGUGCAGCUGUAAAAGUUGGUAAGGAUCUUAGGGGCUAUGCUAAAUCGUUUCAGAAAUUUUCGUGUCACGGUUCAAUUGUGUCUGUGUUGACAUGCUCUAGUCUAUGCAGUCCCAUCACCUCACUGACAGUUGCAUAGACAGUUGUUUUGUGGAAAUAGAUACCAGGGUCAGAAACAGUCUGUAAAGCGCAAUGGGUAUCAGAUUUAUGUGGAAAGCUGGUGCAGUCAUCUCCAGAUAAAUGCAAUGGCUUCAGACUGUUGUGAUAGUGUGCACUAAACUUGAGUAUGGCAUCACCUGGAUUAAAAAGAAAGUCUUUGAAUUGCAAUUUGAAAACUACACCUAAACAGAGUUUGCACUUAUCAGAAGUCCACUUAUCAGGAUUCAACUAAUUAUAUUUUAAGAUUCUUUCUCAUACUGUAGGUACAUUUUCUGAAAAUGAGUUUCUAAUCAUCAUCCAUCUUCCUCCCCUCUCCCUUCUCCCUGCAGGCUCCAAGGCCAGCCCUAGACCCGGUGGCAUCGGGAGCGCAGCAGCGGGUCAACCGGGGAUGGAGGGGGAUAGUCUCCUCUCUAAAGUCCUGCCAGCAAACCCUGCAGAGGCGGCAGGAAAACUAGGAGAAGGUGCCAUGCUGGAUCUGUUUUUACUCUCUGUGUGGAACUUAAUAUUAUUCCAUCAACAUAACCUUUAUUCUACUUGCUACAAUAUGCCUAAUCGCUCUCUCUCUCUCUCUCUCCUCUCCCUCCCUCCCUCCCUCCCUCGCUCCCUCCCCCCCCUCCAACAGCGAUCUCCGGUUUCGGCAAGAAGUUCACCUCGUUGUGGUGA